AUGCGCCUCCUUAUACUAGCUGUGUUAUGUGGUCUUGCCACGGCGGCGGUUUACCGGCAUCCAAUGCUGUGGAAGAAAUCAAGAAAGAUCCAAAUGAUUGAACGAGGAGUCUACGCCCAGUACCUUCAACGCCUUGAAUCUCUACGCUAUGUUAUGAACCUUGACACGAUGGGACAACGGGUAGACGAUUACGCGGACUACGAGUACGUAGGAAACAUUACCAUCGGUACACCUGGUCAGCCGUUCGUCGUGGUACUUGACACCGGUUCUGCUAACCUAUGGGUCCCACAUACAAAAUGCGAUACGGCACUGGAGACGCUGAGAGGAGUGCUCGGCACUGACAUCGUUAGAUUCGGUGGUGAAGACGAAGUUCAACUCGCCGUACCUCAGACCACAUUCGGCUUAGCGACGCAUAUUUCGACCAAUGACGUCAGUUCUCGUCUCGCUUUCACUUCACUCGCCGAAAACAACGUUGUUCCACCGUUAAUCAAUGCUAUUGAUCAACAUCUGCUUGAUGAACCGAUUUUCACUGUUUGGAUGGCCCACCGAGGUGAGGAGGAAGGAGUUCAUGGAGGAGUGUUCACCUAUGGAGGCUUUGAUAAAGAGAACUGUGGGCCGAUAAUUGCCUACGAGCCACUCACUUCGGCUACCUACUUCCAGUUCAAGAUGAAAGCGAUCGGAGUGGGAAGAUAUAAGAGCAAGGUGCCAUAUGAAGUCAUCUCCGAUACCGGCACAUCUUUCAUUGGAGGACCAAAGAGUAUCACUGACAGACUGGCAAGAGCUGUUGGAGCAAAGGUGAGCAUUUUCGGAAAUUUCAACAAUCCAACCCUAUCACAACAACAUAUCCCAAAAUAUGACAACAAUCUAAAGAACGUCCAC